AUUUUAUUUGUUGCAUUUACAACUUUCGAAACUUCCAACUUCACAAAGUGCAAUUUCUAAAUCCCUUCUCUAUUAGAUAAUAUCUACCUACCUAAGGGAUCGGGUACUAUGUCACUUAUUUAAACACAAUGGAAAUAAUAAAUUGCUAUGCCUCAGCCGCAAGAUAACGCACGCGCCAUCCUCCUCAUCAUCUUGAUAUUCUGGCUUGCCACAAGUCCCGACUCAGGACCAGGCCUCAUCGCAGGUCCAACCCUAAUAAAGAGCCGACUCGCACGCCAGCGACAUGCGCUCGGCGUCCUAAAUAGUACGCAAUGGGGCGACUUCUCACCACGUCUUGCCGAUGACCCGCCCGAUCUACCCGAAGAUCCUCCUAAAGACAACCCCGAAUCUGAGACGGAAACCGAGUCGAAGUACAAGUAUCUGAAUCUAACGGGCUUUCGUAAGGAAGAUAAGUAUGUGUGGGAAGAUUUAAAGCGAUUUAAAGACCGAUGUGAGGAAUGGAGUACAAAUGCCGUAGGAAUCCCGGAGGCUGCGGCGCCCGUAUGGCAAAAUGCGACGGGCGUGGUUCGUGGGUGGUGGCAGAGGACGAAUACGUCUUCUCCGAGAUAUCAUUCGGGUUAUAAUCUAAGUGAGAUCAGUCCUGGAGUUACAUGGGCCGGGUUAAACUCCGACUGGGGUAGAAAUGCCACCGGUGCGGAGGGAAAGAUUAAUGUGCGACUUGAGGAUAAUCAAGAUGCUGUCACGGAACCAGAAGAAAUAGAUAAGAUGGUAUUGGAGAAAGCAGUCAUCAAGGCACGAGAAGUAUCGGGGACGGUCACUAUUGACGAUGUCAAAGGCACCGGGAGCAGCUGGGAAAUGCGACUCCAUGGUGUUCAUUGGCCUCGUCAGGGGUCAAUGCUACUUACGACGACCAGCGAGAAAUUUGCCGGCAUCUUCGGAUUACCUCAUCUAACUACCCGACCAGAUUUCUUUGAAUCUAGUAAAGCAUUACUAAACAGGACCCUAGAGAAGGCUCUCACAAGAAAGGAACAGCAUACCUUUACAGACCAAAUCGAUCCUUGGACGUCUACUGUAGAUUCUCCAGGUGAAGCUUGGAACCCAACUCCCCACUGCGAGUACUUGCUAUAUAUCCAAAUCCACCCCUUAGAGCAAGACAUUCUAGGAGUUCAACCAAGCCUCACAGGUCCAGAAAAUGUUGCCAAGGCGAUUCAAGAUAUCGAGGAUGAACUUCGCUUCCCUCAAGGUACGGGGCAUCGGAGAAUACCGAGGCUUCAGAUGUCGGCCGUCGUAUUCUCUCCUGACUGUGGCUUCUUCCUUGAAACCAAGGGCCCCCCAGCUUUUGCUCCGGUUGAUGGAAAACAUAUGAUCGGUGUUAAGCAAGAAAUCUUCCUUCACAGCGUCAGCAAAUUCCUUCUAGGUCUUGCAUUAGUCGUUUUUGGGCAACUUCAGUUGCUUAAGCUACAGAUGAGAGAAACUUCUACACCUUCAACCCUAGGUCGAGUGAGUUUCUACACUAGCUGUAUGAUGUUGCUUGCCGAUGGCAUGCUCUUCACCGGAGCAGCUGCUUGGAGUUUCUCGGCGUCAACUACUUUGCUACCUUCCCUUGCUAUCACAUGUGUUUCGUUCUUAUCUAUGGCCGUUGGGACUUUUUUUCUAGCUGAGAUUCACAAGGUGCAAGAGCCUGAAUGGCGACGGCAAGAACGGGAAAGAGAACGACAGAACACAUCUGCAAACCCAACUCCUCCACGCCCAACCCCUUCAUCUAACACCCCCAGCCCAUCACCUUCUCCCCCCAUUAUCAUUCCAUCAGACCAAGACAUAGAUGCCGAAAUCGCUGAGAACGAAACUAAUAAUAACAAUGCCACCCUUCCUGCUCCAGUAACAGCAACUACUCCCCCAAGUGCUCAAACUAUUAGAACACAAUUAAGCAACAUAUUCGGACGCCUCCUAUUCAUCGGCAUCAGCAUCCUCUUCCUCAGUCUAGCGGCCGCGAGCUGGCGACCUAGCUUCCGCUCUGCAUACUUCAACAUCCUACUCUUUGCGUACCUAUCUCUCUGGUUCCCGCAAAUAUACCGCAACAUCUACCGCAACUGCCGACGCGCGCUCUCGUGGCGCUUCGUCGUCGGCCAGUCUAUCUUUCGGCUGCUACCCAUCGCCUACUUCUACGUCCUGCCGAAUAACUUUGCAUUCACGGAGCCGGACCUCACCGCCUUUGCCGUGCUUGCCGGCUGGCUGUGGCUGCAGAUCUGGAUACUAGCCGCACAGAGCAUUCUUGGCCCAAGGUUCGGCGUCCCGAGGGGCUGGAUGCCAGAGGCAUGGGAAUACCACCCCGUGCUCCGCGAGGAUAACCUCGAGGCAGGCGGACUGCCGAUCGGUCUCGUCUCGGCACCGAGUAGUCCCACAUCACCCAAUCGGUCGCGCUCCGGCUCCAGCGGGGACAGUGACAAAGACAAAAAGCGGACGAAUACACAUGUCAUCGACUGCGCGAUUUGUAGGGAGGUGUUAGAAGUCCCUGUUAUCAAGGCCGGGUUCGAGGACCCGACGGCUGGAGGCGUGGCUGGCGUUUUCGCGAGGAGGAUGUAUAUGGUUACCCCGUGUAGACAUAUAUUCCAUAGCGAGUGUCUUGAGGGAUGGAUGCGGUUUCGCCUGCAGUGUCCGAUUUGUAGGGAGGAGUUGCCGCCUUUGUGAGGGAUGGGAGUGUAGAAAGGGGAUAGUGUUAGGGGAAGGGGAAAGGGAAGGGGGACAGAGGAAGGGGGGAUUAGAG